AUGCUUGGCGGAGAACUGGCCGAAGCCGUCAUUGACACUGGCGCCUCGAAAAGUUUCGUAUCACUACGAGUUGCAGAACAUAUGGCAACCAGGAAUGGUAAGAAGGUGACCGUAGCUCUUGAAAUACAAAUGGCCGAUGGCACCACGAGCAAGAUCUUUGACGCCGUGGAGACCAACAUUCAACUCGGACAGACAUCGCUAAAAGCAGUGCUACACGUGAUGCCCGGAGCGAUUGAUGACGUCAUACUCGGAUUGGAUACACUGGGGAACAUGGGAGCUGUAGUAUCCUGCGGAGGUCAUCAGGUAGUGCUGAAAGCAUCAGAUGGUCAGAAAUCAACUGCCUCCCGCACCAUGUCAUCAGAAGCCGUAAGCAACGUGACCCUUACAACACCAGACACACGCCCGCUAAAACGCAGAAGGAAGAGGAAAAGAAGACGUAAGCUUAAGUGCAGGAGGGUCAAUCGACUCGAGACUUCAUCGACCGCCAACCAGCGAAACGAAGCAGCUCGCAUACGUGACUUCCUGGACGAGGAACUUCGAAAAUUCGAAAGCAUGAGUGGAGUAACGACCGUGGCGGAGCACAAAAUCACUAUGACCGACGACCGGCCCAUCAAGCAACGAUAUUUUCCAAGGAACCCAGCGAUGCAGGCCAUUAUAAACGACGAGAUCGACGAGCUGUUGUCGAAGGGAUGUAUCGAGCCGUCUCACAGCCCACACAGCGCGCCGAUUGUAUUGGCCAGGAAGAAGAACGGUAAGUGGCGUUUAUGCGUGGAUUAUCGGCAACUCAACGCCCGAUCUGUACCCGACGCGUACCCCUUACUUAGGAUACAACACAUACUUGGCAAGUUACGAAGAGCAAGGUACAUUAGUAGUCUGGACCUCAAGAACGGCUACUGGCAGAUACCUUUGGAGCGAGGCAGCCGCCCAUAUACAGCCUUCACCGUACCUGGGCGUGGCCUAUUUCAAUGGCGUGUCAUGCCAUUCGGCUUACACUCGGCACCAGCGACGUUCCAGAGAGUACUCGACCAGGUCAUAGGCCCGGAGAUGGAACCACACGCCUUCGCCUACCUUGACGAUAUAAUCGUCAUAGGCUCUACAUUCGAGGAACAUAUAAGAAAUUUACGAAAGGUACUGCAGAGACUACAGCAGAACAACCUUCGAAUUAACCCUGAAAAGUGCGAAUUUUUCAAGAAGGAACUCCGAUAUUUAGGUCAUGUGAUCAGUGACAAAGGCAUUCACACCGAUCCCGAGAAAGUUGCAGCAAUCCAGGAACUGAAGCCCCCAACUAACGUGAAAGAAGUACGUCAAUAUCUUGGGAUAGCCUCCUGGUAUCGCCGCUUUGUACCCGACUUCGCGACCAUGAGCCAGCCGCUCACAGCACUCUUGAAGAAAGGGAAACACUGGAAGUGGGGUUCUGAGCAACAAUCGGCAUUUGAAAGUAUCAAGCGAAAGUUAACGGAGGCUCCCGUCCUGGCAUGUCCGGAUUUCAGCCAGACAUUCACGUUGCAGACGGACGCUAGCAACAUCGGCCUUGGAGCUGUGCUGACACAGAAUCUGGAAAGAGGCGAACGCGUAAUAGCCUACGCCAGCCGAAAAUUAAACGAGGCGGAGAAAAACUAUUCAGCUACCGAAAAGGAGUGCCUCGCCAUAGUCUGGGGAAUUCGGAAAAUGAGACCCUACCUAGAAGGAUAUCAAUUUAAGGUGAUAACCGAUCAUAUGUCACUGAAGUGGCUCAUAGAAAGCCCUUCCGGUCGUAUAGCACGAUGGGCUUUAGAAUUACAGUAGUAUACCUUCGACAUCGAGUAUCGUAAAGGGAAACUCAACCAAGUACCAGACGCACUGUCCCGACAGCCGCUAGAGACCAUAAGGCAAGCGACGACGAUGGCUCCACAGUGUAAAUGGUGGCGAAAGCGAGUAGAGGAAGUUCGCGCAAAUCCAGAGAAAUACGCGGAUUACAUGGAAAAGGAUGGCCAACUUUAUCGCCACAUUCCGUGUCGAUCCCAGGACGAAGAGGCUGUACCCUGGAAGUUUUGUGUGCCUAAACCCCUCCGCAUAAGGGUGUUACAAGAGAACCAUGAUAUACCUAGUGCCGGACACAUGGCCAUACGCCGGACAGUAGCCCGAAUCGCCAAUCGAUAUUACUGGCCAGGAAUGCACCGCGACAUUAGCCAGUACGUAUGCCAGUGUGAGUCCUGCCAUAAAUACAAGGAAGGACAGCAGAGACCAGCAGGGAAGAUGCUUUCACAGGUGGCACAAGAGCCGUUUGCCACAGUUUGCACCGACUUUAUAGGACCCUUACCGCGAUCAACCCAUGGCAAUACAAUGCUACUGGUAUUUUUCGACCACUUCAGCAAGUGGGUUGAAUUAGUCCCCAUGAGGCGCGCUACAGCUGAAGGACUUCGUCGCGCAUUUCGAGAAAGAAUCCUCGCAAGAUUUGGUGUUCCGAAGAUUCUUAUUUCGGACAAUGGUGUUCAAUAUACUAGUACACUAUGGCAACGUUAUCUAAAGGAAUUAGGAGUGCGCCAGCAAUUCACCGCACCUUAUACCCCUCAAGAGAAUCCCACGGAAAGGGUAAACCGUACGAUCAAACGAAUUAUCGCGCAACUCAGCAAAUCUCGACACCAGCAAUGGGACGAUUUUCUCCCAGAGAUCGAGCUCGCAGUAAAUUCCAGCAUCUCGGACUCCACAGGGUAUAGCCCGGCAUUUCUCGUACAAGGAAGGGAACCGCGACUGCCAAAGGCCCUCUUCGACGAAGUUAAUAUCGGCACAGGUAUGAUGCCCACGACGGCUGAAGAGAAAUAUAACAGGAUGCAGGAAGCCUUCCGAAUCGUUCGACAAAACAUGGAGAGAGCGUCUACGGACCAAGCCCGCCAUUAUAAUCUGAGGCCUCGCAUACGGGACUUCCUGGACGAGAAACUUCGAAAAUUCGAAAGCAUGAGUGGAGUAACGACCGUGGCGGAGCAUAAAAUCACAAUGACCGACCACCGGCCCAUCAAGCAACGAUAUUUUCCAAGGAACCUAGCGAUGCAGGCCAUUAUAAAUGACGAGAUCGACGAGCUGUUGUCGAAGGGAUGUAUCGAGCGCCGAUUGUAUUGGCCAGAGAAGAACGGUAAGUGGCGUUUAUGCGUGGAUUAUCGGCAACUCAACGCCCGAUCUGUACCCGACGCAUACCCCUUUCUAGGAUGUGUGCAACACAUACUUGACAAAUUACGAAGAUCAAGGUACAUUAGUAGUCUGGACCUCAAGAACGGCUAUUGGCAGAUACAUUUGGAGCGAGGCAGCCGCCCAUAUACAGCCUUCACCGUACCUGGGCGUGGCCUAUUUCAAUGGCGUGUCAUGCCAUUCGGCUUACACUCGGCACCAGCGACGUUCCAGAGAGUUCUCGACCAGGUCAUAGGCCCUGAGAUGGAACCACACGCCUUCGCCUACCUUGACGAUAUAAUCGUCAUAGGCUCUACAUUCGAGGAACAUAUAAUAAAUUUACGAAAGGUACUGCAGAGACUACAGCAGAACAACCUUCGAAUUAACCCUGAAAAGUGCGAGUUCUUCAAGAAGGAACUCCGAUAUUUAGGUCAUGUGAUCAGUGACAAAGGCAUUCACACCGAUCCCGGGAAAGUUGCAGCAAUCCAGGAACUGAAGCCCCCAACUAACGUGAAAGAAGUACGUCAAUAUCUUGGGAUAGCCUCCUGGUAUCGCCGCUUUGUACCCGACUUCGCGACCAUGAGCCAGCCGCUCACAGCACUCUUGAAGAAAGGGAAACACUGGAAGUGGGGUGCUGAGCAACAAUCGGCAUUUGAAAGUAUCAAGCGAAAGUUAACGGAGGCUCCCGUCCUGGCAUGUCCGGAUUUCAGCCAGACAUUCACGUUGCAGACGGACGCUAGCAACAUCGGCCUUGGAGCUGUGCUGACACAGAAUCUGGAAGGAGGCGCACGCGUAAUAGCCUACGCCAGCCGAAAAUUAAACGAGGCGGAGAAAAACUUUUCAGCUACCGAAAAGGAGUGCCUCGCCAUAGUCUGGGGAAUUCGGAAAAUGAGACCCUACCUAGAAGGAUAUCGAUUUAGGGUGAUCACCGAUCAUAUGUCAUUGAAGUGACUGAAUUCCAUAGAAAGCCCUUCCGGUCGUAUAGCACGAUGGGCUUUAGAAUUGCAGCAGCAUACCUUCGACAUCGAGCAUCGUAAAGGGAAACUCAACCAAGUAGCAGACGUACUGUCCCAACAGCCGCUAGAGACCAUAAGGCAAGCGACGACGAUGGCUCCACAAUGUAAAUGGUGGCGAAAGCGACUAGAGGAAGUUCGCGCAAAUCCAGAGAAGUACGCGGAUUACAUGGAAAAGGAUGGCCAACUUUAUCGCCACAUUCCGUGUCGAUCCCAGGAUGAAGAGGCUGUACCCUGGAAGUUAUGUGUGCCUAAACCCCUCCGCAUAAGGGUGUUACAAGAGAACCACGAUAUACCUAGUGCCGGACACAUGGGCAUACGCCGGACAGUAGCCCGAGUCGCCAAUCGAUAUUACUGGCCGGGAAUGUACCGCGACAUUAGCCAGUACGUACGCCAGUGUGAGUCCUGCCAGAAAUACAAGGAAGGACAGCAGAGACCAGCAGGGAAGAUGCUUUCACAGGUGGCACAAGAGCCGUUUGCCACAGUUUGCACCGACUUUAUAGGGCCCUUACCGCGAUCAACCCAUGGCAAUACAAUGCUACUGGUUUUUUUCGACCGCUUCAGCAAGUGGGUUGAAUUAGUCCCCAUGAGGCGCGCUACAGCUGAAGGACUUCGUCGCGCAUUUCGAGAAAGAAUCCUCGCAAGAUUUGGUGUUCCGAAGAUUCUUAUUUCGGACAAUGGUGUUCAAUAUACUAGUACACUAUGGCAACGUUAUCUAAAGGAAUUAGGAGUGCGCCAGCAAUUCACCGCACCUUAUACCCCUCAAGAGAAUCCCACGGAAAGGGUAAACCGUACGAUCAAACGAAUUAUCGCGCAACUCAGCAAAUCUCGACACCAGCAAUGGGACGAUUUUCUCCCAGAGGAAGGGAACCGCGACUGCCAAGGAAGGGAACCGCGACUGCCAAAGGCCCUCUUCGACGAAGUUAAUAUCGGCACAGGUAUGAUGCCCACGACGGCUGAAGAGAAAUAUAACAGGAUGCAGGAAGCCUUCCGAAUCGUUCGACAAAACAUGGAGAGAGCGUCUACGGACCAAGCCCGCCAUUAUAAUCUGAGGCGUAGAAAAUGGACCCCCGCGAUCGGAGAGCUAGUUCUCGCGAAGGAGCAUCACCUUUCUAAAGCCGCGGACGGUUUCGCCGCAAAGUUAGCCCCGAAGUACGACGGUCCUUAUAAAAUCCUGAGACACAUUUCACCAGUUAUCGUACAUGUUCGAAAGAUUCACAGCGACAAGGAGAAAACAGUGAACAUCAUCGAAUUGAAGUUGUACAACACAGCAGUGUAA